CCCGGCGCCGCGUUUGAAUUCGAGGAGGAGCAGAGCCCUGCCAAGCCUCUGCCCAGACCUUGCUAGGUCCGCUGAGCAAUUCCGGGAACAUGAGUGCAGCGGCAACUGCAGGGAAGCUGGCGCGGGCACCAGCCGAUCCAGGGAAAGUCGGGGUCCCUGGAGUUGCAGCUCCCGGGGCCCCGGCGGCUGCCCCGCCGGCGAAAGAGAUCCCGGAGGUCCUAGUGGACCCGCGCAGCCGGCGGCGCUAUCUAAGGGGCCGCUUUCUGGGAAAGGGUGGCUUUGCCAAGUGCUUCGAGAUCUCGGAUGCGGACACUAAGGAGGUGUUUGCGGGCAAGAUCGUGCCUAAGUCGCUGUUGCUCAAACCGCACCAGAAGGAGAAGAUGUCCAUGGAGAUAUCCAUUCACCGCAGCCUCGCUCACCAGCACGUCGUCGGCUUCCACGGCUUUUUCGAGGACAACGACUUUGUGUUCGUGGUGUUGGAGCUCUGCCGCCGGAGGUCUCUCCUGGAGCUGCACAAGCGGAGGAAAGCACUCACCGAGCCUGAGGCCCGCUACUAUCUGCGUCAGAUCGUCCUCGGCUGCCAGUACCUGCAUCGAAACCGCGUUAUUCACAGAGAUCUGAAGCUGGGCAACCUCUUCCUGAACGAGGAUCUGGAGGUGAAAAUAGGGGAUUUUGGACUGGCAACCAAAGUCGAGUAUGACGGGGAACGGAAGAAGACCCUGUGCGGGACUCCUAAUUACAUAGCUCCUGAGGUGCUGAGCAAGAAAGGGCACAGUUUCGAGGUGGACGUGUGGUCCAUUGGGUGUAUCAUGUAUACCUUGUUAGUGGGCAAACCACCUUUUGAGACUUCUUGCCUAAAAGAGACCUACCUCCGGAUCAAGAAGAAUGAGUACAGUAUUCCCAAGCACAUCAACCCCGUGGCCGCCUCCCUCAUCCAGAAGAUGCUUCAGACAGAUCCCACUGCCCGUCCAACCAUUCAGGAGCUGCUCAAUGACGAGUUUUUCACUUCUGGCUAUAUCCCUGCCCGCCUCCCUAUCACCUGCCUCACCAUUCCGCCCAGGUUUUCAAUUGCUCCCAGUAGCCUGGACCCCAGCAGCCGGAAGCCUCUCACUGUUCUCAAUAAAGGCAUGGAGAACCCCAUGCCCGAGCGUCCCCGGGAAAAAGAGGAGCCAGUGGUGCGGGAGGCCAGCGAGGCGGUCGACUGCCAUCUCGGCGACAUGCUGCAGCAGCUGCACAGCGUCAAUGCCUCCAAGCCCUCGGAGCGGGGGCUGGUGAGGCAAGAGGAGGCUGAGGAUCCCGCCUGCAUCCCCAUCUUCUGGGUCAGCAAGUGGGUGGACUAUUCGGACAAGUAUGGCCUUGGGUACCAGCUGUGUGACAACAGUGUGGGAGUGCUCUUCAACGACUCAACACGCCUCAUCCUCUACAACGAUGGCGACAGCCUGCAGUACAUCGAGCGUGAUGGCACGGAGUCCUACCUCACCGUGAGUUCCCAUCCCAACUCUCUGAUAAAGAAGAUCACCCUCCUCAAGUAUUUCCGAAACUACAUGAGCGAACACUUGCUGAAGGCGGGUGCCAACAUCACGCCCCGGGAAGGUGACGAGCUAGCCCGGCUACCCUACCUGCGUACCUGGUUUCGCACCCGCAGCGCCAUCAUUCUGCACCUCAGUAACGGCUGCGUGCAAAUCAACUUCUUCCAGGACCACACCAAGCUCAUCCUGUGCCCGCUGAUGGCUGCCGUGACCUACAUUGACGAGAAGCGGGACUUCCGCACGUACCGCCUGAGCCUCCUGGAGGAGUAUGGCUGCUCCAAGGAGCUGGCCAGCCGGCUGCGCUACGCUCGCACCAUGGUGGACAAGCUGCUGAGUUCACGCUCGGCCACCAACCGCCUCAAGGCCUCCUCAUAGCCCCCCCACCCCCCUGGACUGGCACCUUCCUCCCCCCACCAGCACCUCGGCCCACGCUGGUUAAAUCCCUAUUUUAUGGGGUGUCCCCCAGCCCUGGGGGCUGGGGUGGAAGCUCCAUCAUCCCUGCAGGUGGGGCUGCUGUGUAAGUUAUUUUUGUACAUGUCCCGGUGUGGGUUCUGAGGCCAUUUCCCCUUCCCUCUCAACCCCACCAUAUGAAUUGUACAGAAUAUUGCUAUUCGGGACUGUCUUUUCCUUGCCUUUAUAUUACAUUAAACAUAUAUGAAUCUUC